GCUCCUGGGGCGGAGCCUGCCACCGGCCGGAAGGGGGCGCGAGUCCGGCACCAAGGCGACUUUUCCAUGGAGGGGGCGGAGGCAGAGGCGCAGGAGGGGGCCGCAGUGGCCCGGGACCUGCGAGCUCUGGGGUAUGGGGACUUCCCGGAGGUGGCAUCAAGGGGCCCCUCAUGCCCAGGCUUCAGGGCGCUGUGCGCGCGGCUGGCAGCGGAGCUGGUGACACUGGGCACUCUGGAGGAGCCGCGAGAGGAGGGUGCAGAAGUGCUAAGCGUCGGCAACGGCCCCGGCGCCGACGAGGGAUUCCUGCGGCAGUUGGCGGGACUGCUGCGGGCGUUGCACUGCCCGGAUCGCGCGCUCUGCGGCGAAGGCCGCGAGGCCGCGUUGCGGGAACCCGGCGCCGGCCUGCGCCUGCUGCGCUUUCUCUGCUCUGAGCUCCAGGCUGCCCGCCUCUUGUGCUUGCGCCCCCUGCUGGACUCCAGCUCAGUGACGCCCCUUGGGGACGGGGCAGAAGAGGAAGCUGGCACGGUCCAGGAACUGGUCCUCAUCCUGCAAGCCCUGGGGCUGCCCAGACCCAUGCCAGGGACUCAAGCCAGCCAGAUAUUGCGGGAGCUACAUGCCAAGAUUUCAGAGCUGCUGCCUUCCCUGCCCCCAGGGUACAUGCAGCCCCUCCUCAGCUACCCACUGAACGCACCCCAAUGGAAAGCGUUGGAGUCUCUAUCCGGAAGCUUGGCAGAUCAGUACUACUGCCGUCGCUGCCUCCUCCUCAAGCGCCUGGACCUCACGACAUCUGCUUUCCACUGGAGUGAUCGGGCAAAGGCUCAAGGAAAGGCCAUGAAGGCAGUGUUGAUGCCAAUUCGAGAGGUUUUGAGCCCGGAGUCAGACGUCUGCAUCGCGCAUGUUCUGGCUGCCCGAGCUGACCUUUCUCGCCUGGUCCCAGCAACUAGCAAGGCUGCCCGCCAGGGGACCAGCUGUGCCAUCAACAAGGUGCUUAUGGGUGAAAUGCCGGACCGGGGUGGCCGCCCCAACGAGCUGGAGGCCCCCAUGCCCAGCUGGCAGAGCCGGAGGGACGUCGGCGGUGGGGGGAAAGCGAGCCGCCAGCGCUGGGGCCGCAAGAAGAAGAAGAAGUAAAGGGCCGGGGGCGGGGCUCCGGGAGAUGCCCAGGCGCCAGUCACCCCUGGGAGUCAGUUUGGGGGUCCCUUGGUACCGGCCCCUAAGUCCCCAUCCCCUGGUUCUGGAGGCCCCCAAAUGUCCUGUGCCCGUCCACCUCUCAAUGCCAAGAACAAUGUUCCCUGGAAAAUAAAUUUAAUUUUGAUGGCUGUA